AUGCCUCACAUUCGCUUGAAUUCGGGCCGCCAGGACCCAUUCAUUGAGACGAACGAGGGCUAUGUCCCACUAGAGACGCGGCCUGACUCGCGAGCCGAGUCGUAUGUAUCGCGAUCCCAGUCUCAAACCGAGUCGCAAGUAUCGCGAUCACAGUCUCGAGCCGAGUCGCAAGUAUCGCGAUCACAGUCUCGAGCCGACUCGAUACAAUUAUCGCGAGCAGGCUCGCGGUUGGAAUCCAGGUCCAAUUCUCGGGCUGCUCGUCGACCCUUGACACCUGGUCCUGAUAUGGUAUCUGUUUCACUCGGUGUUCAAGGGAUGUCGCCCUAUGGGGUAUCGCAAGCACCGGAAUCUUCGGAAUUCCUGUUACCUCCCCGACUACGACCUACUCCCCGUGACGAUGGGGAUCGAUCUGGAUCGCCGGAUCGCUGGUCUCAAGCCCGGUCGAGUAUCAGCUCGAUGAGUCGCGAGAGUCGUCUCCAUAUGGAUCCGUUUGAGGAUUCGCGAGCACCGUCGACGCGCUCUGGGAGUGAUGAGUAUGAUGUGAACACCCAAACCGUGUCAGAGAAGUUUAACAUUAUGCCGACGGACGGACUCCUUCUUUUCCCCGAGGACGUGGAGAAGGACGACUACCUACACAACCCGGAUCCUGCCGACAAAGAGGGCGAAUGUGAUAUAUGCAAUCGACGAGGUGUCUUGAACGUCGGUGGAUUGGUUGUGUUGACACUGGGUAUUCUGGUUCUCUUCAUUGGAUACCCUAUCAUUACCUGGGUUGAAGGCGUUCUAAAACCGACACCUCUCUGUCCUGCAGGAGAUGAUAUGUGUCUCGACGUUGGACCGCGUGAACUUUUGGAUAAUAUACGAAGGGGUUUGAUUGACCCUGAUACCCCUGAGGACGCGAUGUGGAAGAAGAAUUCAGAUGGCAAGGAUUGGAAGCUUGUGUUUUCCGAUGAGUUUAAUAUGCCUGGUCGUACUUUUUUCGAUGAAGAUGAUCCCUUUUUUCAAGCCGUCGACUUAUGGUAUGGUGUGACCAUGGAUAAAGAGUGGUAUGACCCCGAUGCCGUGACAACAAACGAAGGUACUCUCGAAAUCCGCUUCGACAACUUCGAGAACCACGAUGUGGCAUAUCGCUCCGGAAUGCUUCAAAGCUGGAACAAACUCUGCUUCAAGGGUGGUCGUCUCGAAGCCAGUCUCUCACUGCCCGGAGAUGGUCACAUCCAAGGUUUCUGGCCCGGCUUCUGGGCUAUGGGUAACCUGGCGCGUCCUGGUUACGCAUCUACCACCGAUGGCCUGUGGCCCUACAGUUACCACGAUGGCUGCGAUGCUGGAAUCACCCCAAACCAAAGCUCACCAGAUGGAAUCAACUUUUUGCCCGGAAUGCGUCUUCCAGGCUGCGCCUGUCCGAACUCCGACCACCCUUCUCCCGGAAAAGCCCGAAGUGCGCCUGAAAUCGACGUGAUCGAGGGAAGUACAGCAGCACUCAAUGGCGAUGGACCGUUCAUUGGUAGUGCCUCUCAAAGUCUCCAGGCAGCACCCUUUGACAUCUGGUACAUGCCAGAUUAUGACUACACCGCCGUCUAUGACCCUCGUAUCACUCAAAUCAACGCCUACCGCGGUGGUGUGUACCAGCAGGCUAUGUCUGGCCUUACAAAUCUCAACUCUCGCUGGUAUAAUGGUACCGAAUACCAAAACUUUGCCUUCGAAUACUCUCCCGGUGCGGUCGGCAAUGUCACUUGGUUUGUCGGUGAAGACAAAACCUGGACCUUGGACGGCCGGGCUAUUGGACCGAACGGAAACAUCGGUCAACGAAUGAUCCCCUUGGAGCCCAUGUCUGUGAUUUUCAACUUGGGUAUGGCGGACAACUUUGCGCCGCAGAAUCACUCCAUCAAGCACUAUAUGCCCGCGUACCUGCGCGUUGAUUAUAUCCGAAUCUACCAGGAUCCGGAUGAGGAGAGUAUCACCUGCGACCCACCAGGCUACGAGACUACAGAGUAUAUUCGUGAACACGAGAAGGCGUACAAAGAUGCGAACCUGACUAAUUGGGAGGCUGCUGGGUACCACUGGCCCAAGAACAGCUACAUGCACGAAUGUCCAAGUUAG